UGUAACCUGUAAAUGCUUGUAACGAAAAUUUGACGAUUUUUAUGGCAGCAGUCCAAAUUAUUAUUUGGUUUUUCGGUUGCGGUACACGAUUUAAGACGUCGGCUUCAUAACGAAAGGCGGUUUCAACGUACCCACCUUGUUUGGAUGAAUAAGGCCAUCUUUAUUUCACUUGCAUGUUCGCUCCCGGUCUUUGAAAUGGCUUGGAGAUCGCACGGCCGCUCUAAUUUAGAAAUGGUUAGGAACCUGCGUGCUAACGGUAUUAUAAAAAGCGAUACUGUUGAGAACGCGAUGCUCGCGGUCGAUCGUAGUCAUUAUUCGAAAAACAAUCCCUUCAUGGACGCCCCGCAGAGCAUAGGUUUCGGGGUGACAAUAAGUGCUCCCCAUAUGCAUGCCCACGCUUUAGAACUACUAAGGGAUCAGCUGGAAAAUGGCACUCGUGCGCUCGACGUUGGUUCUGGUAGUGGUUAUCUCACGGCUUGUAUGGCCAAGCUUAUGGGUAAUAAAGGUAUUGCUGUCGGCGUGGACCACAUACCGGAGUUGGUCGAAACGUCAGUGCAAAACAUGAACAAAGGCAAUGCAGAUUUGUUGGAGUCGGGACAAGUGAGGCUUGUGGUUGGGGACGGAAGGCAAGGUUACCCCGAAUUUGCACCAUAUGACGCAAUUCACGUGGGUGCUGCGGCUGCCACCUUGCCCCAAGCACUUAUCGAUCAGUUGAAGGUUGGAGGCCGGUUAAUAGUGCCCGUGGGUCCAGUUGGUGGGGACCAACAGCUGGAGCAAAUAGACAAGAAUGAGGAUGGUACGAUUACUCGCAAGGUGCUUAUGGGCGUGGUGUAUGUACCUUUGACCGACAAAGAUCACCAGUGGCCUCGUACCUAUUGACCUUUACUGAUAACGAUGUUUUUUCUUCUAUCGUUGUUGCUUCUCGGUUACAUGUACCUGUAUAUUAUGUAAAUAUUUAAUUUAACUAUUUAAGUUUUCAGCGCUCCACUCUGUGCUAGGCUAAAUUUUGGUGUCGAUAUUAUUUUCCUUGGCAAUGUAGCUAAAUAAAAAAAAUCAUUAUAAAA